AUGAGAGCAAGCACACUCAUUUUCACUAUCUCUUCGCGAACGUCUGCCUUUGCAUUUACCAAGCACAUGUCAGCAAGCAAACGCCUGAAGCUAUCCAACAUGGCACCAUCAAAGCUAUCCAGUGGUUCAGCCAUCAUCCGUUUCUACGACCCAGACAUCCAGGCUAAAGAUGCUCUUGGUCGUACACAAGAGCAGAUAUUGGCUUGGGACGAUAACCACCUUGAGAACAGCCACAACUACAUCCAGAUGCUCUUCCCGCUUCCCGAGGGCUCGCCAUUCAACUACGAGGCGCCUGUCAUUGAUCUCGAUACCAUGAAGGCGUUCCGUUCGAAUGGCGAGCUCAGGAAGCGUUUGCGCAGGAGCUUUGAGCGUAUUCUCACCUUCUAUGGCUUCACUACAUCGGUUCACCCUGAGGUUGCGAGCGAGGACCAAAAGGAUGCAGACAGGGUGGGGAGACAAGAGGAUACAACCACCGAGACGACAUCGAAAAAUGCCACAGCCACAGUCGGAUCAGCCAACGAAGAUAGCCAGACUGCUCAAGCCUCGCCAGCUGAAGGCGCUCCUGCACACGACACAACGACCUCAACAACACCUACAGAAACACCAUCAGUCGAAGCCUCAGCCCCUUCAGAAGUCUCCUCAUUCAGCUACCACGUAGUUCGCGGCCCCAACUGGCGUAAAGCUUCUCGCAACUGGUGCGGCCGUUUCAACCACAACCACCUGCGGAUCACGCGCAUUCUGCGCUGUCUCCGCGUGCUUGGUCUGCAGGCCGAGUGCGACGCCUUCUUCGCUGCGCUCAAGCGCGUGUACAACGACUCAGCUGUUUCGAUCGGUGCCCGCACAAUGGAGUUCUGGACCCGUGCUGUGCAGCGCCCUCUGUACAUUGCACCUGAUGACGACGAGAUCGAGUGGCUCAAGACGUGGGAAGCGGGGCAGCAGAAAGAGCAGAUGUAG